GUGUCUCGUGGCGGCGAUGCAAGGAGACCGACUGCAUGUGAGAGCGAGCCUCCCCCCACGCCGAUUCAAGGAGAGAAGACCGCCGCGGGGACACCAGAGCAGAAAAGACAGGAUCUGAUAUAAAAUACAAGGUUGCAUCUUGACCCAGGAGUUCAGUGUGGAGUAGUUUUUGGGCACCAGAGGGGCGGAGAACCGCUCGGUGCACUUAAAAUUACCAAAAAACGGAAAAACUUGGUAGCAAACACGGAGGCAGAAGCCAAAAAGACACAUCUGUCCUGCCAGUGUCCCGCCUACCAUCCUCCACCUUCAAGAACAUGAAUCAAUGCAGAUGUCAGUCACACUCAGUUAAAUGUUAGUACUACUUGAGCAGAUAUCGCUCGGCUGGCCGAAGAGGAAAAAGAAGAAAGAGGCUGUUAGAGGUGCUGGAAGAUGUCUCUGUGGAUGAUACUGCCUGUUAGCCUCCCAGCUCUGACCAUCACUGGGAUAUGGGUUGUGUACGCCAUGGCCCUGUACAACCAGCAUGUCUGCCCUGUGGAUAACUGGUUGUACAACCAGUCAUGUGAAGAGGAGUUGUAUUUACAGAGCGGGCCAACCUUGUGCUGCACGCUGGACAAUGUACCUCUCAUCAGUAAAUGUGGGACUCUUCCUCCUGAGAGCUGCUUCUUCAGUCUUAUCUGCAGCACUGGCUCAUUCAUGGUUAUGGUGAUUGUGCUGCUCCGAUAUGCCCACGUGAUUGAGAAGCAUCAAAACUGUGUUCUCAACACUGCGAGUCUCUCCACAGGCUGGAUCUGUGCUGCUGGACUCAUUAUGGUGGGCAAUUUCCAGGUGGAUAAUGCCAAAGUUCUCCACUAUGUCGGAGCAGGCAUUGCCUUCCCUACUAGUAUGCUGUUUGUGUGCCUGCAGUCAGCACUGACUUACCGACUGGCCAAGACCCAGGGGGAGUACAACGUGGCCCAUCUCCGGCUCUGCAUGACCCUGCUGGCCUUUGUAGCCUUGGUGCUCAGUGGUGUGUUUUUCUGUCAGGAGAGCUUCGUCCUGCAACAUGCAUCGGCCAUCUUCGAAUGGGUGUUCUGCGUCAUCAUUAUGCUGUUUUACGGGACAUUUGCCUUUGAGUUUGCCAGCAUGUCAGGAGACACCAUGGUGGUGCUGGCUAGAGGAGGGGCCCUGGGACCUGCUGGGAGAGAACACAAGGUGGACGCACUGGGAGCACACUCACAGCCACAUCCACACCAGCCUGAAAACAUGUCCAUACUGUAGCCCCGUCGGCACAUCUCGAUGCCACACGGGUGGCUUGUUUAUUCCUUUCAAACUCUGGGUUGUAAAAUGAGUUUAAUUAUUCAUUUCCAGCCACACAACGUCUGAAGCUUUGAAAUGAACCAGGCCAGUGCAGCAGCUGUUCAUGGCAGGGAGUAGAUCUGCUGCCACAGUGGAGAGCCCAGCUUUGUGUUGAGCUUCGUGUCUCUAAAGAACUUGUUUGCAUUUUGCACAUUGCACAAGUGUGAAACUAAAUUUUGUCCCAACUCAGUCCUGUCCUCAGUGACAGCAGAGGACAGACUAUUUUGUUAAUCAGAUCAAGAAAAUGUGCUGUUCCCCCUGAGAUCCUGUAACCUGUCUCAAUGAGUGGCCUUGGAAAAUUUCCACUUCAGGUGACUGCCGUGAUGCUUUCAUUGUAAAGGAGUGAAGGCUGCUGGACGGCCUGGCUGACAGUAUUACAGUAGUGAGACAGAGAGAGAGAGAGGAUAGUGUAUGAGUGUUACAGUGGAUGGUCAGAGGCUUGUUUUCUUGCAAGAGAGUGGAUGAAUGCAAUACAUUCAGAGAAACAGUCAAAUAGAAAAGUAUAUACAUGUUUUAGUCAGUACUUGAGAUAGAACAGGGCAGUGAUCUGCAUUUUGCAAUCAUUUAAACCUGCAUUAAAGAAUAUUUUUGAUAUUAACAAAUCAAAUAUUUGUUAUGUCAAAGAUAAAUAAUGUUGCUCUGUGUCUGCUGGACGUGGAAGUAGUUACAGAAAUUAACCAUAACAACCUCUGUCUGUUUAUUUUGUGGUCAAAAAUCGCUUAACGCAGCUUUUAAAUAUGCACCAUCAACAAACAAAUAUGCACCAUCAACAACUUCAACUUCUAAAACUAUUUUUAAAGUAUCUGUUGGACCCACACCCAGCACACCUUGUCUCUUUGUGUCUGGAUGUGCUGGGUGAUAAUAUUUUAACUGCAUACAGAACAUACAAUACAUCCGGUGCCUCAUAAAUUCAAAGCUUUAGUUUUAUUGUUAGGAUCAAUACACUAUAUCAACCUUGAACCUCAAAUAGCAUUUGAUUCAACCUCUUCUCUGUAGACUUCUGCCAAAGAAUAUGAAAAAGAGAUGGACGCGGUGUCCAGAGGCCAAAUGCGUACCAGCUAAUUCAAGCCAGAGCACUGGGUUUAUUGAGUUUAGUGACGAGGCAUCACACGUGUUUUCAGGUCCGUUGGCCGGGGGUCUGCAUCUCAUUAUUCCCUGACAAGGAGGGGCAGAACAUGCUCUUAUAGUUCUACCUGCUUACUUUCUCUCUGCAUCUCAGAACUCUCCACAGUUUGAGUUUUUACAGCAUGUCCAGCAGGUGUAGCAGGGACAAAGGGAAAAGGAAGGGUUUGCAAUGUAAGACAUAACUGAGAUGAACUGUCCUGCCUCUGUGUUACUGUACAGCAGUAUGUGCCAAAUAUCAGUCUGCCUGUGGCAUCGGUGCUAAAACACGAAAGGCCUUAUGCUGUCAUUUUCCCUGCUUUUCUCUGAGUUUUGCUGUGAUUAUGAAAAAUGAAAGCAAUAAGAAGGGGACACAGGGCCAGUUUGUGGCAGAGCAGGGACAGAAGGUUGCAUGAACACCUGCGAGUGCCAGGAAUACCAAAGCAGAUAGUUGGCACUACUGAUUCAUUGAUGUAGAAAAAUGCUCGCUGCUAAAACCUAAACUGAUGUGAUAUUUUCAUAACUAUCAGUGUAGCUUGGCCUCAUGGUUUGGUUUGGUUCAGUCAGUCAUUUGUCUGUGCAGAUAUUCAAAUGCUGAUUUGUAUUCAUUGACUUGACUAUACAUCUCCGACACUGUGCUGUGUUGUAAUACAGAGUUACUGUUUAUAUUUUUAAUUUACAACAGCUCAGUGUAAUAUUAACAUGCUGCUUUCUUUUUCUGGUGAAAAACCAGAGCAAGCAGAUGGUUUACAACAGUAACAGUCUUGUUAGUUUGUCUGCACUCAGUUAAAAUAUCACUCCCUCAUACCACAAGUGGCCACAUGUUGGGUAGAGGUUUUGUUAGUGCCAGUAUUUUAGGUGCAAGUGCUCCAAAGAACAUUCUUGAAACACAGUUUCAUAAUCUGUCACAGAAGGACUGAAAUGUAAUAAACCACUCUCAGACUGAAUGUGUGAAUACUCUCAACAAGUCUGGAAAAGCUUGUGCUUACUGCUCUGUGAAAUGAGCUGGAAGGUUUGAAACGGCACCAGCCUCAUCUACUGGUCACCUGCUUCUCUCUGCUGGUCAAACUGCUCACUGCAUGUGAGUUUGUGUUGGGAUCAGAGCUGUGAUGUUGUUCAGCUCACAGGAGAUCUUCUUUUUUACUUGAAGAAUUAAGUAUUUUUGUAUCCACAGAUGAGAAUAUUCAGUCAGCUACAGGUUUUGGUCAAAUCUGCUCUUGUUUUACAUCUACAUUUACCAAGAAGGUGGGACUGCUGCAGUGGCAAGUAACGAAGUGCACUUGAACUUCAGCUUGUGGUUCUGGCUUUGAGUGAUCUUCAGAUUGUCCUACCUGGCAUCACCUUGAAGUAAAACCUGGCAUUGUGACCAUACACCAUUUUUACAAUAUGCAUUCUUCUAACAAAUCACAGUUUAAGAUUUGAUGUUUUUUAAAACAUUCAGCCAAAUGAUGGUGCUGCUCAUGCUGCUCUAGCAAGAAACGUUUUGCCAAUAAGCAUUUUAAAAAGUGCUAAGCACUAAAAGUGCUGAAUUUACUUUACAGUUUAUGCAUGUUAGGAAGCUAUGCAUAAUGUUCCGUUGAACACUACAAAAAAGAAUUUAAAAUAUUUCUUGCCUUCUCGUCUCCCUUCUUCUCAUUUAAUUUCUGUCCUCUUUCCCUCGUUUACUGAUCUGUCUGAUCUUUGCACUCAGGAAAAUGUUACGACACCAGCUGCGUUGUUUGAUUCCAAGCCGAAAGAACUGUUUGCUUCUGCCUUCUGUUGUCUUUGUUUUAACGGAACUCGUUUAAAUGUUUAUGAGGACUCGUCACGUGUAUUUGUUUUGUAUAGUGUAGGUGCACCUGCUUUUUCCGCGGUGGCAGGAUUGAUGGUUAGCCAUGAUAUAAUAGAUUAUUUUUGUUAAUCAAGAAGCUUAAGAAUAAACAUUCCUGCAUAGUUAGCUUGUGAGAAUGCUUAUGCUGCUCACGCAAACAUGGUUAAAUAUCUGGUCAAAUAUCUCAAUACCCAGCUCUCAGUUAAAAUGCAAAAUGCUCUCUAUGUGCCUUAUGUAUUAUUUUGAUAAUGAAAACCAAAGAGGUUUAGGUUUGUAAAUUCUAUUUUGAUGAAAAGUCAUAUGAUUGUGUAUAUAUGCCUUAAUGUUCAAAAAGUAAAAAUAAAGAAAACAAUGUUUGAA